UAUACAAACAAAUAUAAUGGACUUUAAUGUGCACAAAAUAUGUCGCAUCUGCCUUGAGGAAGGUGCGCCGAGUCCGCUAACUUCAAUAUACAGCACAGAGUUUGCAAUGAUGCCCUCACAGAUGCUAAUGAUGUGCUCCAAAAUACGCGUGUAUAAAGGAGAUGGUUUACCAGCUGGUAUUUGCAACAAUUGUUUGUAUCGCUUGGGCGCCGCAUAUCAUUUUCAGCAGGACUGCGAAAAUAGCGACAUGCGUUUGCGUCAAUACUUAGGACUGCAUGAAUCCUGGCGACACGAUGCAUCCACCAAUACCGAUUUUGUGGACAGCAAAAGCAAGACUACGGCCCAGAGUCACACACUACAGUCAAGUGAUGAUGAUGAAGGCGGAACAGAGACGACAAAACUACAAAGCAAGCGGCGCUCCCGCUACCAGAGAAAACCACCGGAGACCCAUAAGAAGCGUGGUCCAAAGCCUGUUCCUAAAUUACCACACACCUGCUAUGAGUGUCACAAGAGUUUCAAAUGUGCCGCCCAGCUAACGCAGCACAUUCGAACGCACACAGGCGAAAAGCCAUAUGCCUGCAGCUACUGUGCCCAACGCUUUGCUCAAAAGUAUAAUCUGCGCGUGCAUGAGCGCACACAUACAGGCGACAAACCAUUCCAAUGCGAGAUUUGCUCCAAACAGUUCUCAGCGCUGGGCAACUUCCAGGCACAUCAAAAGAUACAUAUCGGCGUGCGGGAUCAGAUCUGCACGCUUUGCCAAAAAGCCUUUUACACGGCAGGUGAUCUGACAAAGCAUAUGAUUACACAUACAGGCAUCAAGAGUCAUCACUGCGAUGUGUGUGGCAAGUCGUUUAGCAGGCGUCGCGAUAUGCGUGCUCACAAGCUGAAGCUGCAUCCUUUGGAGUCCAGCGGGGAUCACGAUAUUGCUGAUGAUGACGACGAUGAGGCGAUAGACACGGAUCCUGUAGGCUUGGAUACAUUGGAGCAGGCGCAUUUCAAGUGUCCUGAAUGUGAUAAGGCCUACGAUACAGCUGAUAGCUUAAGCCUACAUUUUCGUACGCAUGCAGUGAAUAACACUUUGUUAAACUUACCUCUGCCGCCACCCCCUGCACCACCACCAAUGUCUCAUCAUUAUCAUCAUCAUCCCGCUACUGGACCCCCGCCAUCAUCUACAGCGGCAAUGCAUCAUCACGAUGCGUUGCAAUUACAUCACUUGGCGCCACCCAAUGCUGCUACACAAAUGGGCAUGGCUGCUAUGGCGCAUAUGCUUGUGCAACCACCUCCUGCGCCCAGCGAUGGGCGCUAUACAAUGCUGCAUCAUACUGCAGCCCAACGACUGCACUACUAAAAUUAAGGAAAACUGAAAUACUCUU